CUUCAGUGCAGCACUUGAUCAUCCUCGUCCGCCUUGUGUCGCUUUAUAAGCUCAGAACUCAUUCGAGAUGGACGCAGCCACUGCUGCUGCUGUUAAUACGACAGCCGAAGAACACACGAACCAUGGACCGGUGGUCUUCCACAUUACGGAGCUCUUUGAGAAGAUCAUGUGCAACCUGGACAUGAAGACGCUCCUCCUCGCACAGCGCGUCGACAGGCACUGGCGCACCGUCAUCUGCGCUUCGAAACCUCUUCAGCAGAAGUUGUUCUUCCAGCCGGCCACUCUCAAGCAAAUGCUCUCCCUAAACGCAGUGGAAACUUGCCGGAGCAAAUUGAUUACCAAGCGCCCAGGUCGACGAGGCAACCACCCCAGCCUCUUCCACAAUAUCUGCAGUCUCGGUAGUGACAAGUCUCCCGAAGUGGCCAUCUACAACCCACUCCUACUCGGCUAUCAAGUCGGUCGCUGGCCAAACCUCUCACCCAGCAUCCGGCGCACAUCAGACUCGACCACCAUUCGACCUUCCUGGGAGAACAUGUUUCUCGUCCAACCUCCACCGCGCGACGUACACCUGACCUUCAAAGUUGGCACUCCAACAAAAUAUCGCAUGAUGAACUACCGAAAUGAAGAUCUUUCGGCCCUCAGUGUGGUCAAGGCUGCUGAGCGGCGCAUUCGAGAGAUCAACGAAGCAGAUUCUGCCGGAUAUCGCGUGGAUCUGGAACCAGGAUUCCGGGUCGAAAUGUAUCUUGCAGUCGGCACGCUGCGCUUCGAGCAAUUGAUCAGCCUUGGGCUUGCUGGAUUGUGGCAUUAGAGAAAGGGCUACGAACCAGAACACCCAAUGCAAUGCAUAGGCACUGAGCCACGGCCCACUGGAAUUGUCCAGUGUCUCUGAAAUGACACGCUAGCGUGGGCGCACAGAGCGAGAUGUGACUCUGAGACUGGCUCAGUCGACGCCGCGAGCACUACAUUAAGACUCUGGAAAACUUGAUGGAACC